AAUUAAUUUUAAAUUUACAGUGUAAACAAAUAAUCUUAGUUCUCAAAUAUUUUUCAUUGAUAAUUUUCAGGUUUCCCUAAACAUUCCAUGAGUUUAUUUUCGAAAAUUAUUCGAAACAUUCGUAACAGUUUCUCCAGAACGUCCAGUAUGCAAUCAGUUGAAGAUUACUUGUACUACUCCCAAGUAAAAUUACAAAACUUUAUUGAACAACGAUUGGACAAAGAUUUGGGAAUGCAAGAUUACCUAAAAAACGUUAAAUAUGCUCCUGUUGAAGAUUUCAAUCCAGGCUUGGAGUGGUUUAAUGUAACUGAACCCCUGUCUUUCAAAAAACAUCUUAAAGGAAAGGUGGUGGUAUUAGACUUCUUCACUUAUUGCUGUAUCAACUGUAUGCAUAUUAUUCCCGAUCUCCGGGAAAUCGAAAAGGAGUUUUCUGUGGAAGAUGGACUAGUAGUGGUUGGUGUUCAUAGUGCCAAAUUUGAGAAUGAAAAAAUAUCCUCCAACAUUUUAGCUGCCGUGCAACGUUACAAUAUCAAUCAUCCAGUUGUUAACGAUGCAAAUUCAGAAAUGUGGAAAAACUGUGAUGUACAAUGCUGGCCAACUUUGCUCAUCUUAGGCCCCAAUUCAAAUCCUAUUGUAAUGUUCACGGGUGAAGGUCAUAAAGAUGAUCUUAGAGUUUGUAUUCGGAAUGCUCUGAAGUUUUAUAAGGAGAAUAACCUAAUAUCUAAUCAUCAGUUACCAUUAAAAUCAGCAUAUCACUUUCUACCAGAAUUGAAAGGACCACUUUUAUUUCCGGGAAAAAUUACCAACUUCUUGGAUGAAAAUAAUCAUGAACUCUUAGCAGUCUCAGAUACUGGUAAUAAUAGAAUACUGAUCUUGAAGGAUGAUGGAAGUAUAAUACAACAAAUUGGAGGCAGGAAACUUGGGUUUAGAGAUGGAAAUUUAGAGGAAGCAGAAUUCAACAAUCCCCAAGGACUUGUUUUUCUGAAUAAAGAUAUUUUAUUUGUUGCUGACACAGAAAAUCAUGCGAUUAGAAGAAUAGAUCUGAAGAAAUUGAAAGUUGACACUGUUGCGGGAACUGGGGUACAAGGGCAGGACCUUCAUGGCGGUAAACUCUGGACGAGUCAAGCAAUAUCUUCACCAUGGGACUUGUGCAUCUACAGAACACCUGAUAUGGAUUUAACUUUCCACCCUGACGGCAAUCCACCAGUUCGUAAUGUUCUGAUCAUUGCCAUGGCUGGCACUCAUCAAAUUUGGGCGUUAUUUCUUGAAGACACAGUCUGGUGGAAGUGCAAAAAAUACCCAGCUGGCACUUGUAUAAAUAUUGCAGGUUCUGGAAAAGAAGAAAAUAGGAAUAACAGCUAUCCCCAUGCAGCUGGUUUUGCACAGCCUUCAGGUCUAGCCAUUUGUCACACAACUAAGGAAGUUUACAUUGCUGAUAGCGAGAGUUCCAGUGUUAGAAGACUUCAUUUAAUUGACGGAAAAGUCACCCCAGUUGUAGGUGGAGCUCGAAAUCCUAAUGACCUGUUUGCUUUUGGAGACAAAGAUGGUGCUUUAUUCGAUGCGAAACUCCAACAUGUUCUUGGGCUGGCCAUUAGUCGAAAUGAGAGAAUACUUUUCGUAGCUGAUACUUACAACCACAAACUGAAGAAAGUUGAUGUGGCUGAAAACAUGGUGACUUCUAUAACCAUACCUUCUGUAGACAUCAAGGGAGGUUCCUCAACUGGAUUGCGGGAACCAGCAGGACUUUGUGUUAGUUACGAUAACAAGAAAUUAUACUUAGCGGACACGAAUAACCACUCGAUCAAAGUGUUAUAUUUAGAUUCUAACCAAAAUGUGAAUAAGAUUGAGACGAUGACUCUGCGUAAGGCUUGUGAUAAAGUAACAGCUUUGGAUAAAUCGAAGUAUGACAUAAUUAUCAGAAAUCCUCUCCAAGUCAGUUGUGAAGGUGGAAAGCUGAUAGUGAGCAUGGACCUAGUCUUUGAAAAUGGGCUGGGCCUGACGGAAGGUGCUCCACAAACUUGGUUGGUGGACCUACCUGAUAUAACGUGGUCAGCGGUACCAUUGAAUGGUACAGACCUAAAGAAUAUAGAUUUAGUUAUUAGCGUUCCAGUGAGUGAACAUGCCAAAGAGAACAAUGUAGAUUUUAUAUUCAACUUGGUUACAUGCACGUCUGAGACUUGUUUGCCAAAAAGUUUUAUUGUAAGACUACCUAUUCAUUAUCAGAAUGAAAAGAAGAUGAGUGUCAAUGAAAAAUUAACAGUGGCAAUCAGUCCUGAUGAAUUGAAAAUUUUGUGAUGGGAGCAAUCGAUAAUUUUUAUUUGAUUAUUUAUUUUAAAAAUUUUAAAAUGUAUAGAUUAUGUUGAGUACUGUGAAAGAACCGUCAAACUUUUCUCAAAGUUUUUUGUUAAACCAAGUUUAGGUCAUCAGGAGAUGAUCUAAACUAAUUUUAUAAUAGAGUUUCAAUCAACUAGUGUACUUUGUUGUUGGAGAACAUAUUUCUUAUUGACAAAACAUAGGUUGCACAGAAGAACCCAAAGUUCAGGUAAAAAAUACCUUACCCCUUGUCUUUCAUGUGGACCUACGACUUCGUAGGUAUGUGUGGCAAAUACCUGAUGGAAAGACAACAACUAACCCAGCUGAUACCGCACAGAAAGCUGAAGUAAAACCAUCAGGCACCUCUGCAACGUCUUCCAUUUGUAAGAUUCGUUGAAAGUGACUGUCUGCAUAUGAAAAGCAGAAAUUAAUUUCACUUGGUCGGUUUGACCAACCGAUAGACUGGUUUCUGGGUACUUGCCCCAUCAUCAGUACCGGGCGGGUCACUUCAGAGGGUGUGAACCGUCUGAGUAUCCCGAUCAAACAAAAUUAAUUCCAGCUAGUCAUAAACGCUUUCUGCAAUUGAUUCAGUGGGAUGUCCACUGCGUCACCUGCAGACAAAGCCAGGAAACAACUCCACAAAUACAUACGCCGGAGUGGAAGUCAAUGGCAUCAAACUGUUCAAUCACCUGCCAGUUAAAAUAAAAAAAAGCUAUGUUUACAAUAAAUUCAGAAAAUAGGUCAAAAUGCUUCUGGUUGAUGGGGUCUAUUACUCAGUUCAUGAGUAUUUUAAUGAUACUUUCAACUCCUGAUACACUCAAGAACUAAUAUUUUCUUGCUUUGUAUAUGUAUAUUUUUAUGUGUUCUAUUUUAUUUAUAUAUUUUAACUCGUACUGUUCUUUGUAUUUUUAUACUCUGUCUAUAAGAUUUAUUUUCUUCUGACAAUAAAGUAUAUUUGAUUUUA